UUGGGUUCUAUGCCUUUGUGAGGUCACUUGUAAGAUGGGAACGCUGAGGGAAGGUUACACACACACGUGCUUCAACUGGAAAUAAUAAGACUUGUCCUUAAAAAUGUCCUUGCCAUGCAGAGAGAAAGAGGAUUUCGAGGUUCAACAGAAUGACAUCCUGUCUGGUGAAUCCUGUUUGUACCUGGUGCAGAAUGUGAAGGGAGAGGGGAGCUUUGGGAAAGUGGCCUGCUGUCUAAAGUUAGACACAAUGGAGAAUGUGGCAGUCAAGAUCGUAAAAAAACAUUUCACCUGGGCUGGUAAAAACGAGGAAUCUGCUUUUAAACACAUCUGUAUCCUCGACCUAAACAAGAGCAACGUGGUGAAAUUUUUGGAAUCCUUUAUGCACAGAGGCCACAUGUGUCUGGUUCUGGAAAUACUGGACACAACGCUGCAUAACCUGAUGAGAGAAAGGGGCCAAAGGCCACUGUGUGUGUCUGAGAUCAGGGUGAUCUCUCAGCAGAUGCUGGUGGCUCUGAAUGCCCUCAGCAGCAUCGGCCUGGUGCACACAGACAUCAAGCCAGACAAUGUGAUGCUAGUUAACCACAAGCUGCAGCCCUUCAAGGUCAAACUGAUUGACUUUGGUUUGGCUGCUACAGUUCCCAAAAUGUUGCCUGGCACCAUUCAGGCCCUCGGUUACAGGGCCCCCGAGGUCAUCCUGGGCCUCCCAUUGGACGAGGCUGUAGACAUGUGGUCACUGGGCUGCGUUCUGGCCUUCAUGUACCUGGGCAAGCACCUGUAUCCAACACACUGCGAAUAUGAGGGGAUGAGAGUGAUGGUGCAGAUCCAGGGUCAGCCCAGUGAUAGCCUCCUCAAUGCUGGCCUCCAUACCAAGAUGUUUUUUAAUAAGAAAAAAGACUCUUCAAAGCAGGUAUGGAGGCUGAAUACGGGAAGUGAAUACGCGCUUGCAACAGGCAAGAACACCCAACAAAGCAGGACCAAGUUCAACAGGUACACUUGUGUGGGUGACAUGACAAAGGACCACCAGAAGCCAAAAACAGUCACUGAGCACGAGGACACGCAGGCUUUUUUAAGCCUCCUCAAACGGAUGCUGUGUGUGGAUUCUGCCACCAGGAUCAGACCCGUUAAAGCUCUGAGGCACCGCUUCAUCACAAUGGCACACUUUCCAAGAGACGCUGACCCAGACCCUUAUGUGAAGUCAUCCCGCAUGCACAUGACAGUGUUACCACCACAGGUGGUGGACUCCCCGGUUGAAAUCCACAGCUUUGUACGCUCCAGUGACGGUUCCUCAGCUGAUGUUGAUGACAGACCAGCUGCCUCAGGUGCUGGUAAUAAAACUAGGCCUGUCCCUGCUUGUCCCAAUGAGGCCAACAGUGGCUUUGGAUGUAUCCUCUGGAUGACCAGGUGCUUCUGCUGUGUGGAUGUGAUAGAGUGA